CACAAUUUUCACGUGAAUGGAUUAGAAUUCACGAAUCCAUUUCCCGUUAGAAUUGUCGGCAUAUUUGUUACUGAUUCUGAAUUGCCGUAUACACUGGAAUUGGCUAAACCAUCGAUUAAUAUAGCGAUUGAAAAAGCAAAACGUUUAUAUCCAUCAAUACGAUGGGAAAAUGCCGUAUUUCGUAAUGGUUCCAAUCGUUGUACUUCGAAUUUUGCCGGUGUUUUUGCUGCUGAAGAAUUCUAUCUACGACGUGUUACGGUUUUUAUUGGACCAUCAUGGUAUGUUUUUUUCCCUUAAAGUGAAAAUCAAUCAAUCAAUGAAUUUUUUGUUCAAAUUCAUCAGUGGAUUAGCAUUAGAUCCAGUGGCAAGAAUGGCAUCACAUUGGCGUAUACCUGUCAUUAGUUCUGGUGGUCCACAAUCUCAAUUUUCAAAUAAAGAAAUAUUUAGCACUUUAACACGAUUGUCAUUUUCAUUGACAAAUCUUGGUUCAUUCGUCAUUCAGAUAUUUCAACAAUUUCAUUGGAAACAUAUGGCAAUCAUUUUGCAGGAUAAAACAUCAUCAUCAUUAAUACCAUUGAUUAAAGAGGCAAUAAUCGACAUGUUUGAUACGAAAACCGAUAUUGAAGUUGAAUCACAUGAAAUUAGUCGUUCGUUAGCGAAAACCAAUCUUAAAAAUCUACUCAUUGAUUGUGCAAAAGAAUCACGAGUAAUAUUAAUAUUGACAACCGGUGAAACAUUGCGGCAAAUUUUAUUAGCUGCACAUGAUCUAAAUAUGGGCAAUGGUGGCUAUGUUUUCUUGACCGUAGAACUGUUUAAACAUGCAAAUUCAUUUGGCAAUUUUGAUUGGUUCAUCAAUGGUGAUUCACGUAAUGAGGAUGUAAAACACAUGUAUGAAUCAUUAUUCAUACUGACCGUACAUGUACCGAUGAUUGAGAUAUAUCAAAAAUUUGCCAAUGAUGUGAUAAAGAAAUCACGUAAUGAAUUCAAUACAUCAUUCACAAUGAAAGAUGUUAAUGUUAUAUUGGCUGGAUUUCAUGAUUCAGUUGUUAUGUAUGGUGAAGCGGUUACGGAAACUAUACAGGAUGGUUUUGAUCCACAUGAUGGUAUGGAAGUUACAAAACGUUUAUGGAAUCGUACAUUUUCAAAUUAUUUAAGUGGUGAUAUCUAUAUCAAUGCUAAUGGCGAUAAAGAGACUGAUUAUACAUUAGAGGAUUUUGAUCCACGUUCAUUACGUAUGAAACCGGUAUUUAUUUAUUCCGGUAGAGAUGAUAAAAUUAUCUGGUCCAAUUCGACGGCAAUUCAUUGGCCAAAUAAUCAGAUACAAUUGUCGGAUCCAAAUAUUUGUGAUGAUCAUCUACCCGAUUUACAUUGUAAUCAAUCUAGCAAUGCAUGGCCAAUAUUGGAUAUAUUAGCCGUUAUCGGUAUCGUUGUCAUAUUCAUUUUGAUGGCCAUAUUUUUCAUUUACAGAAAAAUGCGUCUAGAAUCUGAAUUGACAAGUUUAUGGUGGAAAAUACGUUGGAAUGAAAUCAUUUUCAUACAUAAUCAAAGCGAUCGAUCAUUAGAUACAUCGAAACCAUUGUUUUCGACAUUUGUUUCAUCACCUUCAUCAUCAUCAUCUGAACAACAACAAACGGAAAUGACAAAAAAUCCAACAACAACAACAACGACAACAACAACAACAACAACGACUACGACAACGACGACAACUUCGAAGCCACAUAUCCGCAUUAAUGAUUAUUUUACUAUACCAAAUUAUUUUCAACAGCUAAGUUCAUGUUCAUCAUCAUCAUCUGGUCGUCAACGAACAGUUUCAAAUUCGACAAAUAAUAAUAACAAUAAUCUUGAUGUGAAUCGUUCAUCAACAAAAACACCGGUAACAUUAUCGGUAAAUAUCAAAAACAACAGCGGCAGCAGCAACAGAACUACUACUACUAAUAAUAAUAAUAACCGGCAAGCACAAUUGAAUAAACAUACAGCAACAGCAAUUGGAUACAAUGAUUCAUUCACCAAAACGGCACCAUUACCAAAUAAAGGAAUCUAUAAAGGAUCGAAAGUAUUUAUUAAACAUAUGAAUAUCAAACACGUAUCGAUUAAUCGUGAUAUAUUGAUUGAAUUGAAACAAUUGAAAGAUUUAGCACAUGAAAAUCUCAUACGUUUUGUUGGUAUCUGUGCUGAAGAUCAACAUAUUUCAAUAUUGACCGAGUAUUGUGAAAAAGGAAAUCUUCGGGAUCUAUUGGAUAAUGAAGCCAUACGUAUUGAUUGGCCAUUUCGUUAUUCAUUGAUCAAUGAUAUUAUUGAAGGUUUAUUAUUCAUACACGAAUCAUCAUUGGGUUAUCAUGGAACGUUGAAAUCACCGAAUUGUGUUAUCGAUUCACGUUUGGCUGUUAAACUGACCGAUAUUGGUUUGCGUACAUUACGUGAUCUAUCCAAACAAAAUUCUGGUCUACCAAAUUAUAAAUCGUUAUUAUGGACAGCCCCUGAACAUUUACGUCAACGACGUCCAGAUCUACAUGGUUCACCAAAAGGUGAUAUUUAUAGUUUUAGCAUUGUAUUACAAGAAAUUAUUACACGUAGUGGUCCAUUUGAAACGGUUAAAGUAAUCGGUGGUGAUGGAAAAUAUUCCGUUGUGUCGUUGGAUCCACAAUUCAUCAUACAACAAUUGAAAUUGGGUGGUGCCACACCAUAUCGGCCAAAUGUUGAUCAACGUGAAUGUGCACCAGAAUUGAUUGAAUUGCUGCAACAAUGUUGGGAUGAAAAUCCACAGAAUAGGCCAACAAUUUCGACAAUACGUACACAGAUUAGGAAAUUGUCCAAAGAUUACAUUGGUGGAAGUGGAAAUAGUUUUCUUGAAAAUUUGCUAUUACGUUUGGAACAAUAUGCAAAUGAUUUGGAAAUAUUAGUUGAACAGAAAACAUCAGCAUUUUUCGAAGAGAAACGUAAAUGUGAAGAAUUAUUGUAUGAAUUAUUGCCAAAAACUGUUGCCGAUCAAUUGAAACGAGAGAAUCAAGUGAAACCAGAAUCAUUUCAAUGUGUAACCAUAUUCUUUUCGGAUAUCGUCCAAUUCACACAGAUUGCUGCGGCUAGUACACCGAUAGAAAUUGUUGAUUUUUUGAAUGAUUUAUAUACAUUAUUUGAUUCAAUCAUUGCAAGUUAUGACGUUUAUAAAGUGGAAACCGUUGGUGAUGCUUAUAUGGUUGUUAGUGGCCUACCGAUUCGUAAUGGUAAUGAACAUGCUCGGCAAAUUGCACGUAUGUCUUUGGAACUGUUGGAUCAGAUCAAGAAAUUUCGUAUUAAACAUUUACCGAAUCAAGAUGUACGAUUACGUAUUGGUAUACAUUCUGGACCAUGUGCAGCAGGUGUUAUCGGUCUGAAAAUGCCAAGAUAUUGCUUGUUUGGUGAUACGGUCAACACUGCAUCGCGUAUGGAAUCACACGGUGAACCAAACAAAAUACAUACAAGUGGAUCUAGUAAACAGAUAUUGGAUCGUUUUGGUUCAUUCAAUCUAACAUUACGUGGUGAUAUCUAUUUGAAAGGCAAAGGAAUCGUACAAACAUAUUGGCUUGAUAAUGAAAAUAAUCGUUUAUUUGUGGAUCGUUUUAAAUUUUUAAAUAAAAUUGAAACAUUAUCUACAUCUAAUAGAUCAACAUUUACUACUACAACAGCAUUUCAACAACAACAACAACAAUCAUCAGCUGGAAUAUCAUCAACAACAGCAACAACAAAUCAACAAACAACAAUAUUAAUGAAACAACGUAAAUGUGAAUCAUUAGAUUUUAUUGAUAAACAAGAAUUUUCAAUUAUCGAUAACAUGAUGAUUCAAUCUGGUAGUAAUAUCACAGGUGGUGCACUUCAACAGCAACAAAUGGAACAUUCACAACAACAACAACAAACAGAACAAUUAAAAUCAUCAUCAUUGAAUAGUAUACCAAUUGUUGGUGUUAGUGGAAGUGAUGGUUUGAAUACAAGAUAUCCAGCAAAAACUAUUGAUUAUAUUCAAUCAUUAAAUCAGCAGAAAAAAACAAUUGAAUGAAUGAUUUGGUGGGUCGGUGGUUGAUUG